AUGAGGGGUCGUCGCAAGCACGGCUUGAGCUUGUCCGUCUGCGACUUCGUGGAGGAUCCCAAGCACAAGAGCCAGCUCUCCAGGCGGCGGUGGUACAUUUGCGUGGAGGUGAUGCGCCUGAUUUGCGGCGCCAACGGCCUGGACUGCGCGGCCCUGGACCAAGCAGACGCCACGCCUCUAGAGUGGGUGCUGUGCCUGGCGGACGAGCGAGCAGCCUCCGGUCCCGACAACGCACACCUGCAGGACAAGAGCAUCGACGAGCUCACGCGCUUCAUCGAUGGCAAGAAGCCCAAGGCCAAGAAGAAGAAGAAGGACGAGGAAGAGCGGGAUUCGAAAGGCGAGCGGCCGGUCUUCCCGGAGGGCACCCGGUGGCAGCUGCCACUGGGCUGGAUGGAGUCCGCGGACGUGGCGGCGCACCUGCGGUGCUGGCGGGAGCUGGGGCAGUGCCAGCUUGGCUCGGUCAUCGAGGGGAACCGCUACCUGCGGCUGAUGCUGCGCCCGGAGGGCACGCGGCUUGUGUCGACUCCGGCCAGCUGCGUCCUAGCGUUCCCGCGGCACGAUGCGGUGAAGAGGAUGACAGAUGCGGAGAUGCUGUGUGCGAUAAAUGUCCCGUUCUUCUCGACGCUUCUGAACGUCUUCGUCUUUAGCAACGAAGAGCUUCGGGACCGGGACAUGGAGAACAAGGUGCCCCCCAGCGAGGUGAGCAAAGGCAACCUCGUGUUCGAGCUCCUGGUGCGGCAGAGAGACUGCCCCACCCCGCCGCCGCUGCGGUUUUCCUCAGGUCCUUGCAGCAAUCGCGUGGACAUGUCGAGGACUGUGCAGUGGACGGAGCCGGAGCUAGUGCAGCUCCGGGUGGACGGCCGGGAGGAGCCGGUGAUCCGGAUGCGCUGGUGGAUCAACGUGGAGGUCCUGCAGAUGGUUUGCAAGGGCAACAACAUCGACUGCUCAGGACUCGAGAGCUCCGACGCUCCGCCCUUCGAGUGGCUGUGCUGCGUCUACGACGACGGGUACCCGGGGUCCCCGGCGCUGCAGGAGUGCAAUUGGGCCUUCCGGGAGCCCCGGAUAGCCGACGCGAGCUCCGCUAGCGCGGGCGGUUCCGGCGGCGAUCCCGCCAUCGGCGGUCCCGCCAAAAGUGCCAGUGCGGGUGUCGGCUACAGUGCGAGCCCAGGACGGAGAGUGGAGGACGAAGAGGGCGAAGGCUGCUUUUGGCCGCUGUGCGCGGUGCCUGGCUUGCGGGACACUGAUCCCACGGAGCGACAGGAAUGA